ACUACAGCAAGCACUACUACAGCACGCACACCUACAGCAAGCACAACUACAGCAAGCACAACUACAGCAAGCACAACUACAGCAAGCACACCUACAGCAAGCACAACUACAGCACGCACAACUACAGCAAGCACAACUACAGCAAGCACAACUACAGCAAGCACACCUACAGCAAGCACAACCACAGCACGCACACCUACAGCAAGCACAACCACAGCACGCACACCUACAGCAAGCACAACUACAGCACGCACACCUACAGCAAGCACAACUACAGCAAGCACACCUACAGCAAGCACAACCACAGCAAGCACAACUACAGCAAGCACACCUACAGCAAGCACACCUACAGCAAGCACAACUACAGCAAGCACACCUACAGCAAGCACAACUACAGCACGCACACCUACAGCAAGCACAACUACAGCAAGCACACCUACAGCAAGCACAACUACAGCAAGCACAACUACAGCAACAAGCACAACUACAGCAAGCACACCUACAGCAAGCACAACUACAGCAAGCACAACUACAGCAAGCAUACCUACAGCAAGCACAACUACAGCACGCACACCUACAGCAAGCACAACUACAGCACGCACACCUACAGCAAGCACAACUACAGCAAGCACAACUACAGCAAGCACACCUACAGCAAGCACAACUACAGCAAGCACACCUACAGCAAGCACAACUACAGCACGCACACCUACAGCAAGCACAACUACAGCACGCACAACUACAGCAAGCACAACUACAGCAAGCACACCUACAGCAAGCACAACUACAGCAAGCACACCUACAGCAAGCACAACUACAGCAAGCACACCUACAGCAAGCACAACUACAGCACGCACACCUACAGCAAGCACAACUACAGCACGCACAACUACAGCAAGCACAACUACAGCAAGCACACCUACAGCAAGCACAACUACAGCAAGCACACCUACAGCAAGCACAACUACAGCAAGCACACCUACAGCAAGCACAACUACAGCAAGCACAACUACAGCAAGCACAACUACAGCAAGCACACCUACAGCAAGCACAACCACAGCACGCACACCUACAGCAAGCACAACCACAGCACGCACACCUACAGCAAGCACAACUACAGCACGCACACCUACAGCAAGCACAACUACAGCAAGCACACCUACAGCAAGCACAACCACAGCAAGCACAACUACAGCAAGCACACCUACAGCAAGCACA